UUUUCUUUACUUGUAUCUGAGUUUAGUAAUAGAGGUAAUGACAAGACAAAUAAUUAUACCUAAUCAGCAGAUUCCACUUUGGUUUCGCAUUGCAAGUCAGUCAAACCUACUUAUUACAAGAAGAAUUUGCCAAAGUGACCUAUAAAUUAAAUGUAUCAAUUUUAAUUGACAUACGAUUUUAUUAAAUAGAAUCGACAUAAAGUAUCCAUUACUUUUAUUAAAGUUAUUCUUUACAUUUACCAUCACUUAUAUAACUUUAAUGUAAAAACAUAUUAAUAAACGUAAAAACUAUUCCGUCUGUCUACACAGUAUUGUUGAAUAUACGCGCAUUCGAUUCUUAUAAAAGGAUGGAAAUCAUCGAAUCGUCUCACUGUUAGUUAAAGACUCGAUAUUGAAUCAAGGAGAGAGUGCUUAAUUAUUCUUGUUCUCAAUUACAAUCUUUUGUAGAAUAUCGAGAGGAUUUUGAAAUAGCUUCUUGUUGAAAAGUCAGAGGGAUAAGUGAACGUUUGGUAAAAAUGGAGAUAUUCUUUUCUUCAUUGUCAGUUUCCAUUACGUAUCUGGUAAGACCAAAAGAACGUGGCGUAUGCAGAUUAUGCGGAUAUUACUUAUAAACGCUGUCGAAAUUUUGACCGAGAAACCUGAACAAUCUUCGUCUACGAGUUUAUCGAGAAAAGAAGCACAUCAAUUUCAAAUAAAGAGAAUCAUUUCUGACGAUGAGAAAUCCGAAAAGAUAAAUCGUGGAUUUGAAAAGAUGAUCGAACUCGUCAACGUUUUAGGCCAAAUGGACAAUUUUGUUUACGACAGAACAAAAAACAUCAUUCGCAAACUCAAUGCAAUUUACGACAUGGAUGAGAAUGAAAGAUAUCGCGGAUCUCAUUCUAAAUCGUAACUUUUUCGCGCACAAUUAAAUAAAGUACAUUAACUACAUUUUGAUAAAUUCAUAUUAAUAUUUAUAUUAACAAUAAAUUAUUUUUCAUAAUAGAUCCAUGUAAUCACAAAUGUUUAUCCGGUUUAUCUUUAUUUCUUACCUUUUCUCUUUUCUAAAUUUUUAUAUAUGGAAAUAAAAUGUUUU